CUAGGAGGCGCUGUCACUCAGGAAUCAGCAGCUGUCCUCGGCGCUCCGUCACAGGACUGUACUGUGUGUGUCCUUCGUCCGCGCACAGCAAAUAAGAAUAUUUAUAUAGUUUUUGUUUAUUGUACUCGAUAAAUAUGUCUACUACGACCGGUGGCGGAGAGUUUGGCAACCCUCUGCGGAAAUUUAAGCUGGUUUUCUUGGGCGAGCAAAGCGUCGGCAAAACUUCACUUAUCACGAGGUUUAUGUAUGACAGCUUCGAUAAUACCUAUCAGGCAACUAUUGGGAUAGACUUUCUGUCAAAAACCAUGUACUUGGAAGACCGCACGGUUCGGCUCCAGCUGUGGGACACUGCAGGGCAGGAGCGCUUCCGCAGCCUCAUUCCCAGCUACAUCCGAGACUCCACUAUUGCUGUGGUGGUCUAUGACAUCACCAAUCUCAACUCUUUCCAGCAAACCUCAAAGUGGAUAGAUGAUGUCAGAACAGAGCGAGGAAGUGAUGUAAUUAUCAUGUUGGUUGGCAACAAGACAGACCUGGCUGAUAAAAGACAGAUUACCACGGAGGAGGGCGAGCAGAGGGCUAAGGAACUGAAUGUCAUGUUCAUUGAAACCAGCGCAAAGACUGGCUACAAUGUCAAACAGCUGUUUCGUCGUGUUGCUGCUGCUUUGCCUGGAAUGGAUAGUACACCAGAGAAAAGCAAAGAGGACAUGAUCGACAUCAAACUGGAGAAGCCUCCGGAGCUGCCUGUUACCGAGAGCAGCUGCUCAUGCUAGUAACCCCCCCCCCCCCCCCUCCCGUCCCCUUCACACACGAACAGCUUGCCUCUCAGUGGUCACUCGCUCCUCUCACGGCCCCAUUCAUGAGCAGAGAACCUAUUCUUUCUUUUCGACCCAAGUGACUUUUCAGAGUAACCGUGUGGGUGUGCUAUUACUCUGUAUUAAAAUGGAUUCCAAAAAUACAUAUAUUAAUGGGAAAAAAGUCAAAUGACAGCAUAGAUUAAAUGCUAAAACCAUUCAGAUUCUCAUCUGUGGUAGCUGCAUGGCGUUUAUAUGGGAUUGCAGACUGAUAUACACUUGUGUGCUCUUGAGUUUUCACACAUCAGAGCUGUCAUAAUCGUUGUGAAGUUACCAUGUUCCAGAGCUGGGGCUGAUGUCAUCGUUUUAAGUCUUUUAUAAUUUCUCUGGAGGAAAAGCUUGACAUUAUUGCAUUGAGAGGCUGUAGUCUUGUGUUACUGAUUCAUGCUGUUACUGGAUUUUUUUUUUACAUGAACAUUACACACUAUUUUGUUAGUGUUUUUUGGUUAUUUAAAGAAAGAUACAGAAGGAAUUUAUUUUGAAACUGUUGUGAAAUAUCUUGGACACAAUAUUCUGUAUAAUUGGUAUUUGGGACCAGAUAUCAUUUAAAGGUCUUUUUGUUUCAGGAAUUACACGUUUGGCCAAAAAAUGUUUUUUUUGUGUGUUUUUUGUUGUUGUUUUGACAAGCAUUAUUCUGGACAGGCCAAUUUUAUACAGGAAUUUUCAGAGGGUUGCAUGGAUGUAGAAUGAGCUAUGGGGGAAAAAUAGGAUUUAAUGUUCUGAGAAAAGGGAAAUUGCUUUGUAAACAUUUAAUUUCGUGGAAACUCAAAACCUGAGAUAUUGAAUGACUUCUCCACGACUGCAGUUACAAAACCUAAGGUUAAUUGUAAAAACGUGUAUGUACUAACAAAACUAUCGUAACACAUCACUCUGAGCUUAGAUAUGGAAAGCAGUUCACACUAAUUCCACUCCUUUUCUGUCUUGUUUUUGCUGCGCAAGUGUAGAAACAGCAUGCAGUUUAGAGACGGUCUAACACAAAAUGCCUUGCUUGUUUUGUUGUCAUAGUGCACCAGUUCGGGCCACAGCGCUGUGGUUUGCGUGAGCCUAUUAACAUUGCAUAGAGCUAAUGAGGUUUUGUUAAAUGGGAUAUUUAUAUUUCUUCCUUCAACACGGCUAUUGCUUAGUGUACAGACACGUCUUGGUAUUGCUCGUCGUAAGACUGGUGGUUUCAUGUGUUUAUUUAUUAUCUCACUAGUUUGUGAAACAGUGUGUCGUAUGCUUGACUGGAAUGGCAGUUCGCAGUGUGUGGGAAUCAAAGGUUGAUGUAAAAUUUGCAUUGCUGCCUUGCUACUGUAUCACAAAGACCUAGUCUUGGUCACAUUAAAGACUGUCAUGCUCCAUCUGUAAUGCUGGGUUUCAACAGUUUAACUCAAAUGGGCUUUUAUUUCCUAGAGAGGUAUCAGCGAACCCCCCAGCACAGUCACUUUUCCUCUCAUACAACUGUAAACCGACAGAUCCUGUCAUCACGAAGACUAAAAAAAGGGCAAUUAAGUGUGUUUGAAACAUUAACAUUUAAUAUGGUUUGAUAUAAAGCGUGAAAACCCUCCUGAAGAGCUCUAUCACUAUUCUGAAGUGUGCUGGUCUGUUUGAAAUACGCUGUCUACUAGUGUUUAGCAAAGUUUGUGUGAACAAAAUACUAUUAUUAUAUGCUGUAAAAAAAACGGAAGGUCAAGGAGACACCAAAAUGUAUCACAUGAAUAAAGAUAUUUCACCAAAUUU